AGGUUACGUAUUUAGCUAAGUUCACAUUUUGUUCAAUGAUGGAUUUCUUUUUCUUCAACUAUUUGAUUAAGGGUUAAGUCUACUCAUCUCUUUUGGGACCAUAGACAAAAGAGGGUUGAAACUUUUUUUUAAAUAUGGCAAUAUCAUGUACGGCAAUUUAUAAAUUUUCGCGGGUGAAUCCGGGUGAUCGUAAAGAUUUUUUCACGGUGAAAAUUUCCAGAAAUGGAUCUCGCAAAGCUGAAACAUGUGAGCAAUUUGAACGACUAUAUUUCCGUUACACAGGAAAUAGUCAAUAACUCACACAAAAACCUAAAAAUCCAGUUUAACAUGUCUUCUGUGCUCUUGCUAAAAAAAGUUAGAUCUUUGGAGAUUGAAUACUUCAACAAAUGCGAGGGAAAUGGUGCGGCGUUGAUUUUGUUUGAACGUAUGGUGGAACAACCAGUGUCCAAGACAUGGGGUUUACUUGGCAAGGAACUGGUGGCUCUGUUGCAGUACUGGCUCGAUGCUAUGCGCAAACACCUCAUAAAGCACAGCCAUCAUUGGUGGACAUUCUUGAAUUCGCUUCUCAAGUUCAUAAAAAGCAUGAGAGUGAAAGACAAGAGCCUUCCUGACAUACUAGUGGAAGGCACGGCCGAGUGUCUUCUGGACCUGGCAACCAGCUCCGAACCAGAUACAGCCCAGCGCUGUGAGAUCUUAUACUCCCUCAAUUUGUGCUGCGCUGAGUCUAGUAGAGAGAUAAGAUUUGCAUUGAGGACUCACUUCGAAGGGUAUUUCACCAAACUAGCUUCUCUCCUGGCUUCCUGCGGUCACCUUCCCACUCAGUACUGCAUGUUAGAAGCAUUGCUUCGCUGGCUAUUACCGCGGCAUGACGCGUCUGUGAGGCAAGCGGCCGCUGCUAGGUGGUUUCCGGCUGAAAUCGUCGGGAGGAAAGCGUUGCAACUGUUCCUGGAGAGACCUUGGCAGAACUUCUUUCAGGACGCCAGAGAUUUUUUGAACGCGUUCAACGCUACUGGCAGUCUCGUAACGUCGUUUUUAUGCCGCAAAAUAACCGUGGGCUCUGUGGCCGUGUUAUCGGGCACAGAGAAGAGAGAGACAUGGUUGGAUCUCAACUCGCGUUAUGACAGCGCGUCCGUCGUGCUCGACCCGCGGCUUGUGGACGCGCUGUGCGCGCGCGACGCGCCCGCCUGUGAGAGCCUCAUACUGCACGCGCGUGACGUCACCACGCUGCAGCUCACCAGCGCGUCCGUCGUGCUCGACCCACGGCUUGUAGACGCGCUGUGCGCGCGCGACGCGCCCGCCUGCCAGAGCCUCAUACUGCACGCGCGUGACGUCACCACGCUGCAGCUCACCAGCGCGUCCGUCGUGCUCGACCCGCGGCUCGUGGACGCGCUGUGCGCGCGCGACGCGCCCGCGUGCGAGAGCCUCAUACUGCACGCGCGUGACGUCACCACGCUGCAGCUCACCAGGUGUGCGCUCAUUAAGAGACUCCUCUACUCGUGUGACGACAGCGCGUCCGUCGUGCUCGACCCGCGGCUUGUGGACGCGCUGUGCGCGCGCGACGCGCCCGCGUGCGAGAGCCUCAUACUGCACGCGCGUGACGUCACCACGCUGCAGCUCACCAGGGAUGCAUCAGAACUAACGUUACUGGUACACACAACACAUCCCCCUCGGCUUAGUCCGUCUGGGGUUACGAUCGACGACAGCUGCGAAGUGAAGGUAGUCGUCAGUUCGCACACAGACUUGCGACAAAUCGACCGGGCACUUCGCGAUGUCUUCGGUCACAAGUAUCAGAUGCUACUAGAUUUGAAUAAGCCCACAUCCUUGUCGCCGCAAGAAAAUUAUGAAAGCAGCAGAAAACUUGCCAAUAGUUUGGAGGAAGACACUCGGUUCUCUCAUCCCAUCGAAGUGCAGAAGCGUAAACGAUCAGGGUAUAUGGUACGAUCCAGACACCCGACGGCAUGGCAGUCGCCUUCCACUGCGUCAACUUCUUCUUUAGCACAGCUUCAUGAAAAACUAGCAUCACUCCCGCAGUAUAAAUUUGACAAAGAAGCAGUGCAUGUGUGCGCUUUACCAGAGCUUUCAACAGUCACAGAGGUCAGCGAAACUGACGACAAACCAAGCCUUAACAGCACAAGUACUUUCAAACUCAACCGGCCUUUUGGCGUUUGCUACAAAAGCAAUAAAUCCUCCGACAGAAACUCGCAAAGCGACGGCGAGGUCCACAACAAGUCUAAAAUCAGCCGGUACCUCUCACCAGCAGCUAAAGACGACGAUCACUCCACAAGCUGCCUCCUAGUUGCCACUAUAGGAUCAGACGAAUCCGUCAUAAACGACACACUAGAACGCCUGACCAAGAAUAAAAACUUCCAACCUGACAAUAUUGUCGAUUUGCUAGUACAAGAGGCACUACAGAAAGAUAACGAAAAAGAAUUGAGAGACAGCGGAAUCAACACCGGCGAUAACAAAAAAACACAGGAACCGACUGAAAUAAACAAUGCAGCAAUAGACAAACCAAUCGAGAAAGAAAACACUGAUGUGGUUCAGAAUAAACCAGUUGCUGGAAAAACUUGCACCGUUAUAAGCAAUACGACUACAGAUGAGUCGAACGACGUUGUCUAUGAUACGCCGCUGAAUUUUGUGAACGUUAGAAAAAGGAAUGUAAAAGCGAAGGUAGUAAUUGAAAAUAGAACACAUAUGAAUGAAGGGAACAUGUUUAAUGUAGAAGACGUUGAACAAUUCUUUUCGCAGCACAUUUCAGAGAACAAUCGCGGGGAAAUCGUGAUCAGUCCAACUUUAGCCAGAAAAAUCAACGAAACCAGUUCAGAAAGUGAACAAUUCGAAGAUUGUCUUAUGAUUCGUGAAGAUAACAAUUUGGAUGUUGAACAGAUUGAUGUUUACGAUAUAGACAUUAUAGAAUGCCUGAACUCUAUAGUGGACAAAGUGUGUAACGAUUUUGAGAAAUGUGCAGAAAUACUGAACCGUGAAACAACGGAAAUGGAUUUGAUCGAUAUUGCUGAUAUGGAUGUGAUUAAUCCUGAAGAAAAUGUGCAAAGUCCGCUCAAAGAUAUAAGUAACAUCGAGAAAAAAUCCACUGACAACAAUUCUGAAAACAUGGAUGCAAAAGAGAGAAGCACAAAACAAAAAAGCAUCAAAUUGACAUUCAACACUAAAAAAACAGCUAAGACGCGAGCGAAUGCAAGGAAAAAGAAGAAUAAACUAGAGUUGGAGAUAGCUUCUAACCUGUCUCCAGUAAAAAAAGCAGACGAUGUAGAUGUUGCUGCAAAUAUUCUAAAAACACCUGAGCGUGUGUCAAAAUCGCCAUCAAACAGAUCUGUCGACUUAGACACGGCGUUGAUUCGCAGAAAACGUAAAUUGUACUCGCCCAAAGACGAAAGCGAACAUGAGAGGGUUAUACAAGUGACAGAGAUGGACGAGGAUAAAGAUUUCAAAACGUCCAAGGUUCACACACCGAAGUAUAAAGCUACGAGCUACAAAGACAUUGAGAUGGACCGCCAAAAACGAUUGAGACAGCCGCGUAACAGAAAAAGCACAGCUAAAACUAUAGACUCUCCUUCACCGCGCACGAAAAAAAUGAAUGAUAUCUUCAAUAACUUGAAAAGCAAAGUGGAAUGUCCAGAUACUCUUACAGUGGUUGACAAGAACACUCAAAAUGAUUUAGCUGUUUACAAUUUCACAAGCGAUAGUGAAGACGAGGAUUUUAAACAGAAGAAAAUCGAAGUCCAAAAACGCAUCAGUUCUACAACUGUUGCCAGCGGUGAUUCGAUUUCGACUCGAUUAGGCCGAUCGAUCAAUCGCGUCAAUUAUUCUGAAACUAAAUCUUCAGAUGAAACAAAUAAAAAGAGUGACCCAAAAAAGAAAAGAACAAUUAGACGCAAAAAAACUCAGCCAAAAUCACGUUUAGUAAAACCAGUUAAUGAUAUAAUUGAUGAAAAAAUGAGGAAGAAUGCCCUGGAAGAACUAAAUACAUCACUAGUACUAGACAAACCACCUGAAAGAAUUCCUGAAGAACCAAAGCUGAUAUUACCCGUAAAACCACAAAUGGAACCUAUCCCAGAUGAUACUGUCGUUGAGGUUAAGGAGACGAAUGAAAAACCGAAGAAAACAAUUAGGAAGAAUAAGAGAACAGAGGCAUUAUCUUUGAAAAAAGAGAAAAAUCUUAAACUGCAUACUUUAGUCAUUGAAAAGGACAACGAUGAUAGAACUAUCAGUCCUUUACCAGGUCUAAAUGUAGAAACUAUUCAAGAACCGAAUAAUGAUGCCAAUGAUUCCGUGUCGGCAAAGAUGCUACAGAAAUUUAAGGAAAUAUAUCAAGAUGGCCCUGAAGCGUACAUAAAUGAGACAAACACGACUCAAAAUCUAUUGUCUGAUGUUGAACACAUUAAUUAUAGUCCAACUAUGAAUAUCACUGAUGAGUUUAACAAAGCUGGCAAUUACUCUAAAUUAUCCGAUGUGUCAAACGAAAUUGUCGAAGUUUCAGAGAAGCCGUCGAAGAAAAAGACCAAUGCUAAGAAUGCUGUUAUAGAUUUAUCAGAAAAUUAUGAUCGAAAGGCAGACAGCGCUACUAUACUACGAGUAAAGAAAGAAAAGGCAGUUGAAAAAAAGAAGGCUAAGAGAGAAACACAACAAGUAAUCAAUUUGACAAAAAUAUCGGAUGCCAAGUCGGAAGUAUCGAUAGAAACUGUUGGAAAGUCUCCGAUAACAGCUCAUGGAGAUUCCGAUGAACAACCACCUAACGCAGAGUUGCUCACGGAAAAAAUUAAACCACGCGAUUUAGACGUCGAGUAUCAAAACCAGUCUGUUAGAGACUACUUGGAUAAACUCAGAGAAGUGGUGAAUGAGUCGCCGGCGAAUAAAGAAAGGAAAGAUUCUACCGAUUCUGUUAGCACUCGAGUUCUUAACACUGAUAAGCGUUCUAAGGUUAAAUCUCCAGUUGUGUCCGUUUCGCGACUUUCGCUUGAAGAUAUUUCUCGAUGGCUUCCCUCACGGCGGAAUUCGGAUACAGAUUCCAGCUACUCAAAGGCAACCCCACAACUAGAUACUAAACAAAAACAAAAGUACAAUAAACAUGUUAUGGAAAAAGAAUCAUCAUCAGAUAAUGAUGAGUCGCCUGUCCAAAAAAUAGAUAAGAUAUCAUUGGAAUUCAAUUCAAGCAACGAUAGAAGACCUGACAUUAAAAAGACAAAAACUACUCAUUCUAAAAACAAGAAAAAGAUUGAGGAAGAAGUUCCAUCACACAAUGAAUCUGAAGAAUCUAUCAAGCCUAACGAAAAGCAUAGUAAGAAACAUAAGCAAGAAAAGUAUAUUAAUUUAGAAGAACCCAAAAAGGAAUAUACGAAACGGUUGCGAUCUCGCGGUGAUUACAAUAAAAAUAAAGAUACGACAAAAACUAGUAAUGGUACCGUAUCUCCCGUACUUGAAGCGAGAAAUGUAACGCCCAAGAAAAUCAAAACUAAGCUCUCUCAAGAAAACCGAAAGUCUUUGAUAUCCCCAAUAAAAUUGUUCAGUGAUUUCAAGGCAAGGAAUGAUACGUCACCAGCCACAUCCAUUAAGAAACUAGGAAGCAUCAUCAGUAACUUGGAGAAAGAAUUGAAAGACGAUUUGAAGCCAAACUACUUGUAUAAAUCUAAAAAGGAAGAAAUAUCUAGUCCAGGGUCUUCAUCGUCAAAAAUAGAGGAUAAAGAAAUCAGUUCUUCUACGGUAAUAGAAGUUGAAAAAACAAGGAAGAGAAAGUCAAAGAGUCCAGUAAUAAGCAACGUGAAAAGAAGGAAAGCAGAAGAUACUGUUGUGUCCAUCUCUGAGAGUGGACCGAGCGUUUCCAGCGUCAAUGAGUGGUUUAGAAGAAAUGCACCUGUAAGCAAAGCGGAGAGUGUGAGCGCAUCUAUUCAAGAAAACAUUGAGAACGUUAUGGAAAAACUCGACACCACUCUUGUUGAAAUACAUCAGAACACCAGUAAAAAGUUCAUUCACAUGUUUGUGGAGGCACAAAAGCAUCUCAACGAGGUGAAGCAAGAACGGCGCAAGUUAUACAAAACAAUUGCGUCGGACAUCUUGGCGCGGGUAGUCAAGGUUAUGGACGAAAAAUUCACGGAAUUGGACAAGAGAUCGCAAGAUAUGGAGGCAGAGUUCAUGGAAAAUCUCAAAGUCCAGGCUGCGGCUCUCAUCCGGGACGACUGUAGGAAGAAACAAGCCAUGGUCAGUCUGCUCAGGGAAGACCUGAACGCGACACUAGCUCGUAUAGACAAGAAGAAAUACAGGAAAACCCUGUGAACUCGUCUUGUAUAGUAUAGUCAGACUCAAAAAGUGAUACCCAAAGUGGCCAAAAAGUUGACAACACAACCUUAUUCCGAUA